GCCGGAUCCGGUUGAGUAGGCAAGAUCGUGGCGUCGAGGCCCGUUUCAAGGCCAAGGGCUUGGAGUUUCUCCGGCAAGGAUGAAGGCGCUGAUCUUGGUGGGCGGCUAUGGCACCCGGCUGCGACCUCUGACGCUCAGCAUCCCCAAACCGCUUGUGGACUUCUGUAACAAACCAAUCCUGUUGCACCAGGUGGAGGCCUUGGUAAAGGCAGGUGUAAGCCAUGUGAUACUGGCUGUCAGCUAUAUGUCAGAACUGUUAGAGAAAGAAAUGAAGGAGCAAGAACAAAAGUUGGGUAUACAUAUUUCCCUGUCACAUGAAAAGGAACCACUGGGCACAGCUGGCCCUCUGGCACUGGCUCGGGAGCUGUUGACUGAGAAUUCUGAGCCUUUUUUCGUGCUGAACAGUGAUGUGAUUUGUGACUUCCCAUUUGCAGACAUGGUGCGCUUCCACAGACAUCAUGGCAAAGAGGGCACUAUUGUGGUGACAAAGGUGGAAGAACCCUCAAAAUAUGGUGUAGUGGUGUGUGAAGCAGAUACUGGGCGCAUACACCGCUUUGUGGAGAAACCCCAGGUUUUUGUCUCCAAUAAGAUCAAUGCUGGCAUGUACAUCUUCAACCCAAGUGUGCUAGAGAGAAUCCAGCUGCAACCAACCUCGAUUGAGAAAGAAAUCUUCCCAGUGAUGGCAGAACAAGGACAGCUCUAUGCCAUGGAACUACAGGGGUUCUGGAUGGACAUUGGGCAACCUAAAGACUUUCUGACUGGUAUGUGCAUGUAUCUGCAGUCUCUCCGGCUGAAGCAACCAGAGCGCCUGCACUCAGGUCCAGGUUUUGUGGGGAAUGUACUUGUGGACCCAACUGCCAAGAUUGGAGCAAAUUGCAGUAUUGGUCCCAAUGUCACUGUUGGAGCAGAUGUGGUCGUAGAGGAUGGCGUUCGGAUCAAGCGAUGCACUGUCCUGAAAGGAUCGCGCAUCCGUUCCCAUUCUUGGCUUGAAUCCUGCAUUGUUGGCUGGAGCUCUUCUGUUGGCCAGUGGGUGCGGAUGGAGAACGUGACAGUACUUGGGGAGGAUGUCAUUGUGAAUGAUGAACUCUACCUCAAUGGUGCCAAUGUGCUGCCUCACAAAUCCAUUGCUGAGUCAGUGCCAGAACCACGCAUCAUCAUGUAGCCAUUCUGGGAUUUUAGUGCUGGAGCAGCCCCUGAGGCCCUGCCCAUCUUUCCCUGUACUGGGGCCAUCCCUUCCAUGUGCCUUGGCUGCAGGAGAUCUGAUUCUGGAUUAAUGUACGUACUUUGCCCCUGAGUAUAGCAGGACCAAGAUCUCCACAAGCUGGCUGGAACACUCAGAUGCUUGGAAAGGGGGUGGGACAGGAAGAGUGGCUCAGGGCCAGCUCUGAGCUUAUUCUGUUGCAAAAGUGAGGGCCUGGGCUUUAGCUUGGGAAGUGGCCCUGAGCAAGAAAUGGCCCACUGCAGCAGCAAUUGGCAGAAAACUACAAUAAUUAGACUGCAACAGCGACAGCCCUAGGUUAGGCUUGUGGAAGAGAACAAGCAGCAUGUGGUUCUGUUAUUCCAGGAUGGCUCUUGCUUCUCAUGGGGAAGGCUGAAUGCAGUCUUCCUCCAGAAUUCAAUGGAACUCGAUUGCCUUACAAAGACUGAACCCUCUCCCUCAAUAUGGCCAAUCUUCUCUAAUGGUAUUACUCAAAAUAGGAACAGAGUUCUAUCUGCUCAAAACAAACAAAUUAUACUGUAAUGAACAAGAA